AUGGACAUACAAUUCAACAUCCACCAGGACCUUUGGCAAGAUGCCUGGAUUGCAGCAACUUCGGCUGUAAGGACACGCAAGCGGCAGACUGAUCUAAAUGUGCAGCACCGUGUGGAACGCCUUCUCGAAGACCACGGCCCAAAGACGAGCAAGCCGCUGACGCUGCGCGUGUAUGGCACCAUGAUCAAGGGCUUCUGCGUGAUCAACAAUGACCGAGCAAGGUCACUACAUGCAGAUUGCGAGCGAGUUGUUCUUCUCUUUGCCGAACAGCCAUAUGCGGAAGGCCUGCAGCUGCCCAAGCAGCCAGCUGCAAAGAGGCAGCGCGUGGAUGCAUUCACGCUGGAUUUGGAUUUGGCGAAGGUACAGGAGGCGGAGGCUUUUGACUGGACCCAGGCACCUCUGGGAGACAGCCUGUUGGUGUCUUUGGAUGCCAAUCAACUCCCUCCAGACAUCAGAGCUAUGGGGGCCAUGGGAGCCAUGGGAGCGAUGGGAGCUACCGGAGCACCUGCACAGGAGCCACUGCAGGUGCCGUCUCUUCUCGAGGAAAGCGGGCUGCUGGAUGAAGUCUUCCCCGCUCGCGUGGACGCCCCGCCGGCGGCAGAGGCAGCGCUGACCCUACCGGAAGCGCCAGGAGUCCUCGAGGCUUUCCGUGCUGCAGACGGCCCACCCGAGCUUUUGGGUGCAGGCGUGUCUGAUUCUGAGAUGCAGAUUCAGGAAAGGAAACCGAAGCGGCGGCGGGUGCGACUCCAGCCCCUACCUGGACACGUUUUCGGCUUUGAUGUGGAGACUCAAAUGCCAGACGUGAGCCAAGAGGCUGGCCUAGCUGCUUCUCGUCCUUCUCUUGCUUCAUUUGCGGCGGAGAUUACCGGGAACUUCUUUCCAAAUCGCAUGGGGCAGUUGCAAGCACUCACGGACAUCGGCUUCGGCCGUUCUCCUUCACCAUUUGCAUUGCCGGCGCCCCAUGAGGCUUUCUCGGAUGCAGAUCCUGGAGAGUAUGCCGAGCUCCCGGAGAUUCAACCCCUCCUCGGCAACAUCGGAGAUCAAGUUCGACCUGACAUGCUUGGAGCAGUGUUUGCUUCUGAGCCGCAGGAGCCAGCCUUCAUGGCAGCAGCAGCGCAAGCUGCAGAUGCUGCAGCAGAGGCCCAAGCGGAUCGAAGCUUGGCACUUGCAACCGAGGACGUUGCCGACGCGAGCGACGGAAGCCAUGAUGUGCAGACUGCGCAAGUCGGUUUGUUGAUUCGCAGAUACCUUGCAGAACAGGGCGAGUCCUUUCUGGAUGACAUCAUGCGACCAUCAGACACGAGCCGAAAUACCGCAGCGCGAGCGUUUUCAUCACUUCUGGCACUUGCAACGGGUGGAGGCCUCCUCCUCCAGCAGGAAGAGCCGUAUGGUCCAAUCCACAUCUCUUUGUGCUAA